AUGUCUGUUACCAAGCUUGUUGGAGCCGUCCUCGGAUCGGCUGCCCUUGUGGCUGGCCACGGUUAUGUGACCGGUGCUGUCGUUGACGGCACCUACCACGGUGGAUUCAUCGUCGACACAUACAACUACCAGACCCCCUACCCCGACAACAUCGGCUGGUUUGAGGAUGCCACCGACAACGGCUUCGUCGACGGUUCCUCCUACUCCAGCAGUGACAUUAUCUGCCACAAGGAUGCCAAGAACGGUGCCCUCUCUGCCUCUGUCAAGGCUGGUGGCGACGUUGAGCUGCAGUGGACUGAGUGGCCCGAGUCUCACCACGGUCCCGUCAUCACUUACCUCGCUAACUGCGACGGUGACUGCACUACCGUGGACAAGACUUCUCUGAAGUUCUUCAAGAUCGACGAGGCCGGUCUUAUCGAUGACAGCAACGUUCCCGGCACCUGGGCCUCCGACAACCUCAUCAGCAACAACAACAGCUACACUGUUACCAUCCCCAGCAGCAUCGCCGCUGGCAACUAUGUUCUCCGUCACGAGAUCAUUGCCCUGCACUCUGCUGGCGAGACCAACGGUGCCCAGAACUACCCUCAGUGCAUUAACCUGAAGGUUACCGGUGGUGGCAGCGACUCUCCCGCUGGCACCCUGGGUACCGCUCUGUACAAGAACACCGACGCCGGUAUCAAGGUCAACAUCUACCAGUCCCUGAGCAGCUACGAGAUCCCUGGUCCUGCUCUGUACUCUGGUGCUUCUUCUGGCUCUGGCUCCUCGGCCGCAACCACCGCUGCCGCAUCUGCCGCUACUACUACUGCCGGCGCCACCGUUGCUCCCGUCGCUACCAGCAGCGCUACUCCCGUUAGUGCUUCCCCGUCCAGCACCCCUCUCCGCAGCACCCCGCUGCCCCCGUCCUACAGCGCUACCAUUGUGACCAGCGCUUCCAGCCAGGCCCAGCAGACCCAGCCCGCUGGCGAGCAGAACCCCGCUGGUGGUGCUCCUGCUGGAGCGUCCACUGUCACCGAGACUGCUGCUGCCCAGGUUACUAACCAGGUCUCUUACCAGACUGCCACCGUUGAUGACUCCGUGACCGUCACUGCCAGCCCCAGCGGCCAAUCUCAGCAGAGCGCCACUCCCAGUUCCGGCUCCUCCAGCUCCGACUCUUCCAGCUCCGACUCCUCGGACUCCAGCUCUGGAUCUUCCAGCUCUGGAUCUUCCAGCUCUGGCUCUUCCACCACCACCACUGGAUCUUCCAGCUCCAGCUCCUACAACUCCAGCGACUGGUCCUCCUACCUGGACUCUCUGUCCGCUGAUCAGUUCGUCAGCAUGCUCCGCAAGACCGUCAAGUGGCUCGUCACUGACAAGAAGCAUGCCCGCUCCCUGACCAACUAA